CGGACGCAAGCGCGGCGCUCGAGAGACUUUCAAAAGGUUUUUCCUAAAUAAAAACACUACGUGUUUCUGGUCGUGAAAGUAUCUUUUUCAGUUAGGCAGUCUCACUGCAGUGGCCCCACCCUUCUCCCCUCUGGUUUUUAUCCACAAAAGAGAGCCUUUUUAAGUCAAAACCACGAGCAACACAGCUGAAAACCGAUUUAAGGACCGUUCCAAAAAUCAAGGAUAUAUAUCAAAGACCACUUUCGACCAAGUCAGUUAAAUAAAGUGUUUUCAGAGUGUGUAUCCGUGUGAGUGUGUGUGCCAGUGUGUUUAUUCCAGUGUGUGCGCUAAUCCAUUAAAAAUAAUUAAGCCCAAAUAAAAACAAAAUAUUUUUAAUUCGCGAAAAAAAAAACUUUUGAAAGAGCCAUAAACAAAUCGCAGUCUACGAAAUCCGUUCAAAGCUCGCGCGCCAAUAUUGCUCCAAUUUAAGAAAACGGCUUAGCAACAAUUGCAUUGAACAGUUGAACACAAAAACUGAAACUGAAACAACAACAACAACACGUAAAUAUAGAAAGCUUAACAAUCAAAUCCAACAACAACGACAACGAGGGAUUAAAAGCCAGUAACAACUAUAAAUGUGGUGGGUGCAUUAUUGCCAUUAACCAAAUCCCGAAAGGCUGUGGCCAGAAUGAUCGCAGAGCAGCUGGUGGUCAAAAGUGACCAAAUGAAUCACUGACUAGCCCGAGGAAAGCGAUCCCCAUUAAGCAUUGAGAACAAAAGAAGCAUUAAAGCGCUUGAUUAACUGGUGGACAGGUGGACUUAAAAGCGGCAACGGAAUGGCACACUUUUGCUGGCUCCUCAAAUUCGGUUUUCUGCUGCUGAUGUUGUCCGGCUGUCGGACACGCCCCGCCCCUUUUCCGGGCGGCCGGCAGAGUGAGCUCAUCGCGGGCAACGAGUUCCUCAAGCUGUUCCUCGACCAUGAUGACCAGCAGCGAAGUCUCCACAGCAGCGAACAGGAUUUCGAGGGCAGAGCGGAGUCCCCAUCCUCAUCCCCAAAUCCCCGCCAGAGAUCAGCCACCGGCAGAAGUUUGGAUGUUGGCAGGAAUCGCUAUAGAAAUUCCCUGAGUUCCGGAAACUCUCAGGAUGAGGAGCAAUCCGACUCCAAACAGGUGGUCAAACUGGUGACCUCCGGCAGUAAGAUAGUGUUCCUCGAAGAUGCCCCCAAUACAGUCAAGGGAAAGUCGAGCGACGAGGUGAAAGUGGUGGCCGUAAGUGUGAGUUCCUCCAGCAAAAGAGGUCCUUCGAAGAGCAGUUCUCCUAGUACCACAGGAAGUGGGUCAGAUUUCGUGAACCGCUCUCAUAAAAGUGAACUUUCCAUCGAGGAAACGGAACCCAGAUUGGCAGGGGAUUUAAUUGAUAGCGAUGGAGAUUCCCUGAACAGUGCCUCCAAUAUACAAAGUGUACUGGCGGCUCCUUUACUGGCAGCUUCCUCCACACAUUCCUUCUUGAAAAACCAAACGGAUGUUGGUGAAGAGGAAUCGGGGACGGGAACUGGCUCAGGAGCAGGCUUACCCUUUCAAACAGUGAUUUAUCAUGACACCAAACAGGGAAGAGGACCUCAGUCCAGGUCAAUAUCCUAUAGCUCCAUCUCUCAAAAUGUGGAUGACUUGCAGGCCUGGCAGCAAUCGAGAAGUGGUAUUCUAGCAGAGGCCCAGAGAAAUGUGAGCGAGAGCUUGAAACAUGGUCACUCAUCGGAACCAGCCAAGUUUUACUCAGUACCAUCAAAAAUGUACAGUGUGCCUAGUAAGUUCUACUCAGAACCAGCUAAGGUUUACUCGGAACCAGCCAAGAUGUAUGGUCAGCCGGAAAAGGUUUACUCAGAACCCUCCAAAGUCUAUGGACAACCCUCCAAGUUUUACUCGGAGCCGGCUAAAGUGUACUCGCAACCCUCGAAGGUUUAUGGAGAGCCGGCUAAAACCUAUUGGCCGCAAACGUUGACUACGACGGCAGCAACACCACUAGGAGGCACCACUUCUUCUCCAGCUUCAACCACCACCAGCACCACUGAGAAGCCACUGACACCCACCACUUUUGUGCCAAUUAGAUCCCGACCACGACCUGCGAUUGUCUCGCGCAUCGCUUUUGGCGAGGCUCAGAGCACAAGCACCACGACAGCAGCAACACCAAGCAGCCCGGCAGCAACAUCAAGCAGUACGACAGCAACAUUGGCCAGCAGGGUCACCACAGUGAAGCCUCCCAGCACUAGUACCUCUGGAGGCAUUCGGCCAACCACUUGGCAGCAUCAUUAUCACAGCUACAACCACCACCAGCAGCAGCAACAUCAACAACCAGCUCAUCCAACGCGCAGAGUACUCUUCAAUUUGGAUAAAUUGCCUUAUGAUUUAUUGAAUGCACCACAGCCGCAACCGCAUCCAUUGGAGCCAAUUUUAUCGAAGCACUCAAGUCCGAGCAACUACCACCAGCAACAGCAACAGCAGCAGCAGCAACACGAACAGCAACAGCAACAUCAGCGUCCGUGCUGGGAGCAACAACGUCAGCAUUCAUCACCGCCGCAUCAACAUUCUAAUCAAAAUGCCAAAGGAUUGCCCAAUAGAGAUCUAGUCAAGUGUGUUUCCAAAUUUGCACACCAACAUGGAGCGGCAGCGGCAUCUGUGGCGGACCCAUCACCGCCAUCAUCUUCGGGGUCAGGCGGUGGCUAUUCGUACAGCUCCAGCUCCUCCAGCUCGUCAUCCUCGUCCUCAACUUCAUCGGCCGCAAAACAGCAACAGCCCCAGCAUCUGCAGCAUCAGCAAAUGCAACACUUUACCACAGAGCACCCCGAGCUCUAUACUCCAACCUCAGAGCAGAAUUACGAAAUUGAAGAGUCCGUUAGUGUUAUGACAAACGGACGGGCCCACGGAUUGCAGGGCGGUGCAGGUGGUGCAGGGAGUGCUGCUGGUGGUGGUGGUGCAGUGGGGCAGGCCACAACGCCAGCCAGUCCACUACAAUCGAGCACCACCGCCAGCAGUCGUGGCAUCAACAGAGGACGUGGCUCGGUGGUUUACAAUGCAAAUGCCAACGAUUAUUCGGACGACGAUGGGGAUUCGACGGGGGAUGCGGGCGACUCGGGAUCGGAGGGCCCCGAAACCCCCGAUGACGAAGACAAAGUCGCCUACGUGGUCGAGGGACGCAACUACCGAAAGUACCGGGUGGAGGAGAAGACCGACGACGGCUUCAUCGUCGGCGAGUACGGAGUGGUGGACCACAACGAUGGAAACUUGUGGGGAGUGCGUUACACCGCCGACUCCACCAUCAAUCGCAGUCUGAUACAGAAGGCGUUGCUCACGUUUCUCAAGCUCAAGUAGGGGCCAAAUGGUCAUCUUCCACUCGGGAAAACACUCGAACUGAAGUUGCCAAAAUCGCCAGUACACAGAAAAUUCAUUGGAAAAUACAGGGACAUUUUAUUAGACUUUUGGAACUACAAUAAAAAGUUUUAAAUUAAAAAUAUAAAAUUAUUCCGAAUUUAGGGAAAGUAGAAUUAUGAAUAUUCCAAAUUUUGUUGAACCUAACUGAUAGAAAUUUAUUUUUUAUCAAUUUGAAUUUAAAAAUUGAAGAAUAUUCUCAAUUUAAUUUGGGUAUCAAUUAAUUUAGAACUCAUUCGUAAAUCGUUGAUCUUUAAAAAUAAAAGAUCUUGUGAUUUAUAAAACAAAGACUAAAGGCAGCGGGAUAGUGGAUUUAAUAAUGUAAUAAUAUUUAAAACAAUUUAAUUUUAGAAAAUUAUUGGAGUAUAUUUAAAUGCGAAAACUAAUCAUAAAACUAUUGUAAAGUAAAUGUAAAAUCUUAUAAAUUUCCCAUAAUUUAAGGAGUUUCUCAAGUUCAGAUCGAUGGUUUUUCCGAGUGUCCAACAGCACCCCGCACUUCCCCACUGAAGAGACAGCUGCAAAGGCACUCACAUGUGAUCCAAGUCGUAUUGUAGUUAGCCUAGAUAACCUAAACCUAGAUAGAUAAACCUAAUUAGAUGUACUACCCUAGUAUGUAGCCACUAGUUGAGUUCCCACGAGAUCAGGACACACACUCUUGGCCUCUGUGUGUGUGUGUGUGUGAUUAGUCAGUAAACGAAUUUUGUUUUAAUGUUUAGUUAAUGUUUUAAUUAAUUUAUUGUAGUUGUUGGUAUUGUAAUUGUAACUGUAGCCGUAACUCUAUUUCGAGCUUAAUUUAUUCAGCCGACCAUUCAGCACUCGAAAUUCCACAGACCUAGCAAACUUGCCAUAAAAUCCGAUGCGGGAAAUCCGAUGAAGCCGAGCACCUAACCUAACCAGCAUUAAGAUCGAGCAAAAACUAUCCUAAUUAGAGCCUAAGUGACUUGCGUAGU